UUAGGGGUGUAUAUAUUUAUUAUUAUUAUCAUUAUUAUUAUAAGGUUCUACUCUGAGCUGCAGUAGCCUUCUGAAGAUGAGAUACUUUUGUUUUUUUGCAGAGUGGAGUCCUGGUUUUGUUUCCAGUCUCCAUUUCUGAGGCAGAAGGGGGCGUGGAUGGGAUAUUCAGAUGAGCCGGAGUGACAGCUCCGGUUUCUCCCAAUGCUCUGUGCUUCUGAAACUCCACUGGCUCCUUCCCUCCUAACUCCUCACUUCAUAGUGCUGCGUACUAAAAACAACGGACGCUAGGGGAUCAAGACGCACGCCACAUUGCCUCUAUGUGGGCACAUUAACAGAUCUUUCGGGGUUUUUUUUCCCAAUAAGGGGGCUGCGGUGGGAGGACUUUUUUUUUUAUUUUCAUUGUCUGAUGACUGUUUGCACGGCUGAUUAUUGACUUGAUUGUUUAUUAUUUUGGCUGUUGUUCCCCGCCGCCCUGCGCGUCCUUUCCUCCCUUUUUGGAAUCGGCGACCUGCACCGCGAUCUCCAAUGUCCUAUCCUCAGGGUUACCUCUACCAGCCUCCGGGCUCUCUGGCUCUUUAUUCGUGUCCGGCUUACGGGGCUUCUGCUCUGGCGGCUCCGCGCAAUGAAGACCUGGCGAGGUCGUCCUCCGGCUCAGCCUUCAGCCCGUACCCCGGAUCGGCCGCUUUCUCCGCCUCGGCCGGCGCAGGCUUCUCCAGUCCGCUGUCAUACUCCGCGGACCCGACCACGGGAUUCCCGUCAUACAUGAGCUCUCCUUAUGACGCGCACACUACGGGCAUGGCAGGCGCGCUGAGCUACCACCCAUACGGGAGUCCGGGCUACCCCUACCAACUCAACGACCCGGCUUACCGCAAGAACGCCACCAGGGACGCCACGGCCACCCUGAAGGCCUGGCUGCAGGAGCACAGGAAGAACCCGUACCCGACGAAGGGCGAGAAGAUCAUGCUGGCCAUCAUCACCAAGAUGACGCUCACGCAGGUCUCCACGUGGUUCGCCAACGCCAGGCGGAGGCUGAAGAAGGAGAACAAGAUGACCUGGGCGCCCAGGAACAAGAGCGAGGACGAGGACGAGGAGGACGGAGACGGAGAGAGGAAGGAGGUGGAGCGCUCCGAGAAAGCGCUGGAUAACAGCGAGGCUUCAGCGGAGGAUGAAGGUAUCAGCCUGCACGUGGACACCCUGACGGACCACUCGUGCUCGGCAGAGUCUGACGUGGAGAAAGUCAGCUGUCGCGUGGGGGAGCUGGGCUCCGACCGAGCCGGCGACAAAUGCGACGAGGACGACGACGACGAGCAGAGCCACGACUCGCGGCUGCCGCUGUCGCCCAAGUCGGUCACGUCGUCGCCUCUAACGGGAGUGGAAGCGCCAAUUCUCAGCCAUCACCACCACCAUCACCACCUCCACCACCUCCACCACCUCCACGGUCAGCGCGAGGAUCUGGCCCGGAGCCUCGUCAACAGCAGCAGCGGCAGCAGCGGCGGCAUCAACGCCGCCAAAUCGUCGCCGUGCCUUGACGGCGGGGCUCCUUCCGGGGCUCCGCAGAACCCGACCGUCAAACCCAAGCUGUGGUCGCUGGCGGAGAUUGCUACCUCGGACCAAAAGCAGCACCAUCAGCAACAGCAACCGGGGCGGCCCGGGCAACCAAGCUGCCCCUCCUCCAGCGGCGGCCUCCUCACUCCCCCCGCACCUUCCACCACCUCCCCGGCCGCUAGUUCCCCCUCUCUCUACCCGCCCCCAUCCAUCCUGGGAAGACCUAUUUAUUACACUUCCCCCUUUUAUAGCAAUUACACAAACUAUGGCAACUUCAGCCCCCUGCAGGGCCAAGGGAUCCUGCGGUACACUAAUUCAUCUGGAGUGAGUCUGGCUGCUGCCGCCGCCGCCGCCGCCGCCGCCGCCGCCGCUGCAAACGAGGGUCUCAGCUCCUCUCACCAGGCUCUGGAAUCGAGCACAAACCCCAAACAGAGGCCAGACUCUCCCCUCGUUAAACAUAACCCAAACCAGAUUGUUGUUGUCGAGCAGCAGCAGCAGCAGCAGCAGCAACAUUUCAGAGCUGCAAAUUUAGAGGCAAAGAAAGGUACGUAAUAACACGAGGCGGUACCAAAAUAAUAACAAUUUUUGAAAGCUUAUUUAAUUCAGUGUUGAAUCUUAAGAUUGUAUUUUUCUUAAACGAGGAUCACUUCGAGUUGGAUGUUGAAAUAUUUCAUUUUUUUCCAAUGCAAAUCACAACGUUUUUUCUUUUGCGUCACGUUCACGUGUAGUUUUCGUGACUAGUUGCUAAGGACACUUUUCUUUUGUUUUGGUUCAACAAACUUUUUUUUUCAAGCAAUCUUGCACGAGGAACAAGCGCUACUAUCAGUGUUCACUUGUUUUAAAAUGACUAAUCUAUAGUGUUAAAUAUGUCACUAGCAAUUAUUUUUCAAGACAAAACAAAAGAGCGUGUAGGUUGUCUUCUAAUUCGUAUUUAAUGCACUUAAUUUCCCAAAAAUAAUUAAUGUAUAAUUGUUCUUGUUUUUAGUUUUUGUCUCAAUCAUAUAGUUUUUUUUCUUUAAUUUUCAUAAAGUUCGCAUUAACUGUAGAGAUAUAAUUUUAAAAGGUCCACUCUCAAACAAAUAUGCAACAGCGGACAGCUAAAGUAAAAAAAAAAAAAACAAGCCCAUGAAGGACAGGUCUCAAAUCAGCCUCAACACGCACACGCACGCACACGCGCACGCACAGAGGCAGCCUGUCAAUCCAGUAAGCAAAGAAAUGUUGCCAUAGCUUUGAGCAGGAAUUCUAUUUUUAAUGUUUCCUCUCUGUGUGUAUGUGUGUGCGCGAGUGCGUGUACGCGCACGCGCACAGCGGGCCCCCAAACCUUAUCUCUCAGCUUAGGAUAAUUGCAAUUACACAAGGUCAGCCAAAACGCAAACAAACCAGUUCGUUUGCUCCGCGCAGUCAUCGUGCAACUUCACAUCUUCCGGUGUCACACGCAGGUGGACGCGGCGGUUCCUCUCCCCGCGCGCACCCAAAGCUUUUCACCAGUAAUUAGGCAGUGGCUUCUUAAUAAGCACUUGCGGAACAGGGCUGCUGGGGACAGAGGCAACCUGACAAACUGCGCUUUCCAGGGUUUGUGGAGGACGCCGCUCGUUUGAUCGUGUGGGGUUUGUUUUAUUUCCAUGCUCUGCAGGUAGGUGUCACAAUUGCUUUGACUAUGAAGCGAGAAAGGACACCACCUUUUGAGUCUCACGUUUUAACCCCUAACCUUUGCUCCAAACCGGAUCUAGUGCCACCAUUUAGUGGGAAUAAACGCUGCUACCGCUUCCUCAGCUCACACACGCUCUACAGCACACGUUGUGAUAUUAUUAUUAUUGUAUUAUUUCACUUUAUUUUGAUUCAUUGUUGGUGUUUUGCUGGUUUGAAAACGAUCUCCCAGUAUAUGUGAUUUACAUGUUAUUUCUCAGGUUCCUAUAGUUUGCUUAUUUGCCAUGGUAUAUUAUUUUAAUAACCUAUAUAUUUACGUGUGAAAAUAAUAAUUUGGCCUUUCUGUGAAACCAUAUUUGUGAAAGGAGUUGUCUUGGGACGCAAGGCGGACGGAACUGAAGUGAACUUGAGGACUUCUAAGUGGAAUAGCCUACAUUUGAUAUUUAUUUUUUUAAAUGAGGGCGAAAUGAUGCCUAUAAUUUAUGCAAGUUGUAUUGCAAAAAAAUGGGAAACUGACAUCGUCUGUUUGUUUUGUAAAUAUAUAUAUAUAUAUCUAUAUAUAUAUAUAUAGAUAUUAUGGGCGGUUUUUAUUUCAGACGCAUUUGGGAAAAGCUACAAUCUUGUUAUCAGGAGUACUUUUACUAAUUUAUAUCUUUGAAUGUAAAUAAAAUAAAACGCGCUGGUAUAGAUACACUGGCGCGGUAUGACAUCAGAUAUUCAAAAAAAAAGAAGAUAUUAAACUGAUUUCCCAAAUAUUA